AUGAUUGGCCACGAUCGGAAACCAGCUGUGCGUGUACGCAAAGUACAUGUCGAGCAGAUGUGGCGUUUGAAAUGGAAGUUUCACCCGGAGCUCUCCUCCUGUAGCCUGGCCAACAUCAUGGAGCUUGACCCUUUUUUCUAUCGAUUGCAGGGUAAUUUGACGAAGCGUUUGGAUUUCGAGUUUCUGAACUGGGUGGAAAUUGGUCAAUUCGAUAAUCUGGAAAAUCGACAGGUUGAAAAUUGGAAGUGGUAUCGGAUGGCACCUCGUCAGCCUCGAUGUAUUACCCAGCGUGUUCGGUCCAACAAUGGCCCCAUAGUAGUUGAUCCAGGGUUGGAUAACAAUUCUUCAACAUUCGCAGAGAGCUCGCUUGACUUCCAGGUUUCGUGUAGUCUUUCUGAUGCUCCCCUCAUUGCACCACAGGGAUAA